GCACCCACAACGGUGGCAAUCAUUUCAUUUCUCGUCACGAACUCGCUCGCGCUGCGUCCCGCAGCCAGCCGGUGUUACAUCAUCACCGCCGCCUGCCUGCCUUCCCCCCCCCCCCCCUCAUUCCCCAUCCCCAUCACAUCACAUCUGCCCCACACCAACCCGAACCCUAGCGUUUCGGUCGCGGUGCCACGCACCGCGCUGCCGCCGCGUCGGUCGUCUCCUCCUCCCCUCCGAGAUCGGCGGCGGCGGAAUCUCAGGAGGAGGCGGGGGCGGGGGCAUGGGGCUCCAUGGCUGAGGAUGCCUGUGCUGCGUAGCGCGGCGCGAAGGGCCCGAGAGGCGCAGGGGAGCCCCGCGGCGGCGGCGGAGGCGGAGGUAGCACCGGCGCUGGCGCCGGCGCCACCGCCAGCGGAGACGAGGCGGAGGGCGACGACGAGGGCGGUGGCGAGGGCGGAGGAGAGGGAGCGGGAGGAGAUCAGGCCCGCUGAGGUCGCGGGGGGCGGCGGCAGCAGCGGCAGCGGCGAGGGCGAGGGCGAGGGGGAGCGUGAGAUGGAGAACCCGGACAGCGCGGCGCGCAGCGCCGACAAGCCGGCCGCAGAUGACGAGGGAAGCACUCCAGUCCCUGAUAUGGUCCAGGUGGGCAACUCACCAAAGUAUAGAGUUGACAGAAAGCUUGGGAAAGGAGGAUUUGGCCAAGUAUAUGUUGGCCGCCGCAUGUCAGCUACCAGUCCAGGUGCCGUCGAGGUGGCAUUGAAGUUUGAGCAUAGGACCAGUAAAGGAUGCAACCAUGGCCCUCCUUAUGAGUGGGCAGUUUACAACACCCUCGGUGGCAUUCAUGGCGUUCCUCGAGUCCACUACAAAGGGCGCCAAGGGGAGUAUUAUGUUAUGGUUAUGGAUAUGCUAGGGCCCAGUUUGUGGGAUGUCUGGAAUAAUAGCUCCCACACAAUGUCAGUUGAGAUGGUUGCUUGUAUUGCUAUUGAAGCUAUCUCCAUACUUGAGAAAAUGCAUUCAAAAGGGUAUGUUCAUGGGGAUGUGAAACCAGAGAAUUUCUUGCUUGGGACUCCUGGAACGCCUGAAGAAAAGAAACUCUUCCUUGUCGAUCUUGGCUUAGCUACGAAGUGGAAGGAUAGUGCAACAGGACUCCAUGUUGAUUAUGAUCAGCGACCAGAUGUUUUCAGGGGAACAGUUCGCUAUGCUAGUGUUCAUGCACAUCUUGGGAGAAUAGGUAGUAGGAGGGAUGAUUUAGAAUCUUUAGCAUAUACACUAGUCUUUCUUCUACGGGGGCGUCUACCUUGGCAAGGUUAUCAGGGAGAAAACAAAGGUUUCCUUGUCUGCAAGAAGAAAAUGGGCACCUCUCCAGAAUCUCUCUGUUGCUUUUGCCCACAACCCUUCAGGGAGUUUGUUGAGUAUGUGGUCAACUUGAAGUUUGACGAAGAACCCAACUAUGCAAAGUGUGUAUCGCUUUUUGAUAGUGUAGUGGGCCCAAAUCCAGAUAUCAGGCCAAUUAACACUGAUGGUGCUCAGAAGCUUAUACAUCAAGUUGGCCAGAAGAGAGGCCGCUUAUUGAUAGAGGAAGAGGUAGAUGAACAACCAAAGAAGAAGAUGAGGAUGGGAAUGCCUGCAACACAGUGGAUAAGUGUUUAUAAUGCCAGGCGGGCUAUGAAACAAAGGUAUCACUACAAUGUUGCAGAUUCAAGGCUUGUGCAACACAUUGAGAAAGGGAAUGAAGAUGGCCUGUUUAUCAGUUGCAUAGCAUCCUGUUCAAAUCUCUGGGCACUAAUCAUGGAUGCUGGCACUGGGUUCACUUCCCAAGUUUAUGAGCUUACACCACAUUUUCUUCACAAAGAAUGGAUAAUGGAGCAAUGGGAGAGUAACUACUAUAUAACUGCACUUGCUGGAGCAAACAAUGGAAGUUCCCUGGUAGUGAUGUCUAAAGGUAUAGCAGUUAAAGCUUGCACUUGGCCUUCCUGUCUUAGUGUAGAAAUAUUCUUUUUGACUACUACGAAUAUUCUUGUCUAUCCAGGAACAGCGUAUACACAGCAGUCCUACAAAGUAAGUGAUACUUUCCCAUACAAAUGGAUAAACAAGAAAUGGCGAGAUGGUUUCUAUGUAACUUCCAUGGCAACUGCUGGAAGUAGAUGGGCAGUUGUUAUGUCUCGUAACGCAGGGUUUUCUGAUCAGGUUGUUGAACUGGACUUCUUGUAUCCCAGCGAGGGAAUUCAUAAGAGGUGGGACAAUGGUUACCGGAUAACCGCAACUGCUGCGACUUGGGAUCAGGCUGCAUUCGUUUUAAGUGAGCCAAGGAGAAGGCCUACAGAUGAAACCCAAGAGACACUGAGGACAUCUGCUUUCCCUAGUCAACAUGUGAAGGAGAAAUGGUCCAAGAAUCUCUACCUAGCAUCAGUAUGCUAUGGGCGUACUGUAUCCUAGGACUCAUGUUAUGUAGUUCGAAGCCAUCUCGCCAUUAGUUAUGACAUCUUUUGGUCUAGAUAGCCCAGUGUAGCAGCUCCUAUGCUCGUUGUUGUGAAGAUGCUUCUGCUUAUUGUUCUUAAUUAUAGACUAGCGUGUACAGUAUUAAAUGUUUUGUAGUUCGUGUUAAUUGUUUAUGUAGUGGACUAUUAAUUGUAGUGUAAGGCGUUGUCAGAUCUGUACACGUACACCUGACCAGUAUGAUUGAACUCCGGUCUAGUCGUUUCAGGGCCUCAAAGGUUCCUGGUCUGACUCUUAUCAUGAGGUAUAGUUACCAUGCUCUCUUUUUGUUGU